AUGGUCGGCUCCGAGCAGCAACAACAGCAGCACCAGGAAGCUUACCCGUCGCCCUCGGCUGCCCCCAAUAAUUUGCCCUUCUACGCCCACCUGCAGCAGCACGGUCUCGAGCCACAAGGUCAGAACGAACCAAGGCACUCGCGGUCUCCCGAAAUAGACGACGACGAGGACGACACACACAACGAAGAUACCGACGUGGGCACGCAGCUCCACAAUGCCCUCGGAAGCUUUGGCAACUUUGGUGCAGCGCCGGGCCAGCAGACCUUCCACUCUGCAUAUGCAUCUUCCUCUGGUAUCCCGCACGGCUCAGUCGCAUAUGCGCAAGCCAAUGGCUCGGAGAAUGCGGGUCCGCCCAUGCCCGAUAAGAGCAAGCCUAGGACGAAAGUCAGCCGCGCCUGUGACGAGUGUCGGCGUAAGAAGAUACGCUGCGAUGCGGUAGACGAGGUUCCUACCAUGCCCUGCAACAAUUGUGCACGUACUGCGGCGAAAUGUACCUUUAGUAGACAGCCGCUGAAGAGAGGCCCGAGCAAAGGCUACAUCAAAGAGCUGGCCGAGCGUCUCAAUUCUCUGGAACAGCAAGUCCACCCUCCACAUUUGGAACAGCAGCAUCGCUAUGAGAUUCAGCAGGUGCAGCAGGCAAUGGCGGAAGGUCUGCAAGCGUACGGACACGACCCGCGCAUUCUUCAUGACCCGCGAGCUGGCGACAAGCGGACGCACGACAUGGUGGAAGGUCAGCUCACCGGACAGCAGCCCAUAUUCCAACACAUCAGCAGCAACAGUAACCAGCCACUUCCACCACCCUCACAACAGCAGUAUCAGACUCAGAUCCAACCUAUGCAGCGUUCGCAGCAUGUGCAUCCUACUGUUCAGCCAUUUUGGCGUCAGGGCGGCAAUGAGCAGCGUCAGGAUCCUGCAAUUGGUCUCGCCUUUGAACCCGAGCCUAGCGCUGCGAGCACGACCAUUACAAACUUCGACUGGGAUGAAAGUGUGAUUGACGAGUACUACCGMAUAAUUCAUCAGACUUUCCCUCUUCUUGCCAGUAAUAAGAAUCGCCUGCGACAGCGACUUGCGGAAUGCCCGGCCUCGUUGCGGGAAGCACAUCUUGCAGCCCUCGAUUGCUUGAUGCGAACAUUCCCGACUUCGACCCUUGCGCCGAAUGCUGGAUAUCCACAAGCAUUGAAGCGUACUGCUGAGCUGCUGGCCAAAUACCCGUUCGACAACCCGAGUACACACACCAACGCUACGAACCUGGUGUAUCUACAAACAUUGCUGUUGAUGGCCUUGGAGAGCGACAAUCACGGACCAGCUACGAUAAGAGGCCAAGCUGGCCCUAGCCGGGCAGAAUGGCUGGGUCGUGCAGCAGGUGUGGCCGGACAGCUGGAGAUUAAUACAAUUCGGACUACCAGCAACUCCGUGAUGGAAGGAGAUCGAGACUCUGAGGAGAGACUGGCGCGGAGAGUGUGGUGGGUAUUGUUCAUUCUCGAUCGAUGGCACGCAAGCUCCACAGCGGAUCUGCUGAAACUGCCCGAGAAUAGUGUCGUUCUUCUCCCUGAGGAUCAGAUUUUACUUGGCGAGUCGACCUAUCACUUGGCGAGACUGUCGUUCAUCAUAGGACAUCUGGCGGCUAUUCUCACGACAACCAAGACGCCCAGCACAGAUGUCAUGGCCCCGAGCAACCCUGCGUCCUCUCUGCUUGGCUUGACAUUGGCUGGCGAGAUCGAUCGUUUCAGGGAGAGCGUAGAGUCGGUUUGGGGUUCCCUUAAUUUGGUACACCUCUCAUACCACCACUGCCAUCUUCUGAUCAAGCGCCUCAAUCCCACCACGGAGCCUUCGGAGCUCGUUGGGCAUGCCGUCAAGGUUGCCACUGUGUUGAAUUCUAGAAGAACACCAGUGACGCCGCUGAACCAUCACUUCGGUGCAUUGGCGGCCAUGACGCUUUGUGAACUUUGCGAUGUGCCGAAGACACGGCCGGAAGCCAUGAAAGGGUUGCAGCAAAUGGCGGAAAGUCUUGACGAGGGGAGAGGCUUGGCAGGAAAGUCCGGAAGUGAAGGAUGGGAUGGAGCUGUUAGAGAGUUGGUGGGGAAGAAGCGAGCAAAAGUCAUGGCGGAGAUCGCCGAUGGAGCAGGCGCAAGUGGUGAUGAGAAUGGGAACUUUGAUCCGACGAUGUUGACGAGGUAUGGCUACCUGACGAGUCUCGGGCAAGGGUUGUUCUUGAGGAAUACGUGA